AUGCUUGCUGCCGUGAUAGGGUCUGCUAUCCUCAGUGUCGUUGUCAUCCUCAACUCUCGUGGUGCGACCCGAUAUCACGUGGGCUUUCCCGUAUACGUUCGGGCUGCCGCUGGUGUAAAUGGCGCAAAGUUGUUCAUCAUCGUACGAGCAUCCGUCGCGGUCAUCUACUUCGCAACGCAGUCCUUCUAUGGAGUUGGUGCUGGAAUAACUUCCAAGAACUUGCUCGCGUUCUUCAUCUUCUGGAUCAUUCAGUUUCCCGUCAUGUUCAUCCACCCAACCAUCCUAAGACACCUCUUUGUCAUCAAAUCUGUAGCGACAACAGCAGGUCUGUUUGGAGUUCUCGGAUGGGCUGUUCACAUGAACGGAGGAAACCUGGGAAACUUCGACUUUGGCGGGAAAAGUUUGAGCGGUGCUGCCCUAGUUUGGCCAAUGAUUCAAGCCAUAAACAGCGUUAUGGCUGCACUGUGUCCAAUUCUGGUAAAUCAGCCCGACGUUGCUCGAUAUGCCACACGGCCCGCGCAAGCGACUUGGUCGCAGGCAACAGGUAUCUUGGUUAGUAAAGUACUUGUUAUGUUCCUGAGCUGUGCAACAACAAGCGCGGCUUCUGGCGUUCUCGGAAAGAGCUACUGGAAUGUCUGGGACUUGUACAAUGCCAUAUUAACAGAGUACUGGGGUCCUGGGGCCCGAGCUGGAAUGUUCUUUGCUUCAACUGGCAUGAUUCUUGCUAUUAUUGCGACCAAUGCCGGCUCAAACUCUUUGCCAGUCGGUGCCGACAUCAGUGGUCUCUGGCCCAGAUACAUCAACAUCGUCAGAGGCCAGGUUAUCUGUGCACUUUUUGCACCUCUUUGCGUUCCAUGGAAGAUCAUUGCCAGCGCCAGCUCUUUUCUUACAUUCUUGGGGUCCUACACUGUAUUCUUAAUGCCGACCUGUGGGAUAAACAAGGCUGACGGCGUCUCAAGAUUAUGA